GAUGAUGCUCUACCUUCUGGCUACAUCUACCAAGGAAUCACACACGGAAUGGAAUAAUGCAGCCAAGGUGAAGACAACCAUCACAAUCCGACAGUGAGGCCUAAAAAGCACAAUGGUUUGUUCAUGGUAGCAAGAGUCCACCUGUCAGGGAUUAGCGCUGCAUUACCUGGCUGUCAUGGGGUGGGUGUAGCCAUGUGAGGGCCCUCUCGGUUAAGUAACUGGAUCAGGAAUUAAAAGCCUUGCUGAGCCUACAUGCCUGCUAAAUAAGGAAUAAACCUGCACCUCAGAAUAACCUCAGUCAAGAGUGGUGUCCGUCAACAACUAUCUAGUCAUCUAAUCCCAUUCACAUAAAGAUAUCAAACUUACCAUAUGAUGUAAUGAACAGCAAGUGUAAGUCACCAGAGAUCCGAAUGCAGAUCACACCCUGUGCGUCAACUUGGGCGACUUCCAGCCUCUUCCAGCCUCUUCCGGCACUCGCGACAGGCAUCUGACAAGUUAGUUUCCUGCGGUGCCUCCGAAUGGAUGUCCUUUACUCAUUUCCAUCCAACAUGUUGUCGUGGUGACAUGAAACUGAGAGGAGGAGUCUUCACACUGUCUGUUCAACUCAUCUUAGUUAAACGUUUAUAGGAAGGAUUACUUGCUGCUUGGGCUUUUUUUUUUUGCUUAGCUUUCAAAAAUUCGUCCUCCGUUGUUUUUAUAAUUUCAGCAAUGGGCAUUCUUUUAAGUGUGAUGGACUUUAACAAGUACAAUAGUGUGAUCAAAAAUGACAGUUUAAAAAUGUUAAAAUAUUUCUUUUUCUCAUACCUCUUCGUUUUUUUACUGUCUGUUAUUUCUUUAUUUCGUCCAAUCCAGUGGACUUUUAAAACGUUUCAAAUGUUAAUCUGGAAUGCACCACAAGAUGGCGCCCUGCUUUUCCUUGCUGCGCGCACAGCCAGAGUUAAGGCCUAAUUUGACUAACAUCUAGCUCCAUAUUAUCAUGGUUUAACUCUAUUACCGCUAAAAUAUAAUAUAAUAAAUAUAAAAACAACAGCUGGUCUUUGGGAGGGAACCUUUUCUUUUCAUCUUAUUUCCAUGGCAAAGUUUGUUGUGAAAUCCGAGUCAGAGGUUACACUUUACAUGGAAAAUGAGUCCUUUCCAUUUCUUUCUGUGAAAAAAGUAGAAUGCUUUCAGAUCAUUACCUCAUCUGCCCUGUCCUGGAUUCAAAACGUCUUACUUGAACCCUUUAUCCUCCUUUCUGCUCCUCUUGAAUGGGUGAAAACAACACAGUAGGGAAGAAAGAAAAAAAAAACUUUACUGCAUAUGCUGCUCAAAUAUUAAUGUUCCAAAUUGGCUAAAAUCUCACAUUUCUUUUCAGGGCCACUUAGUAUGUUAUUGAUUUAUCCACACGGUAUAUAUGAAAGCACUAAGGCAGCUGUAAACUGUCUUAACUGUCAUGCUAACAUUUUCAAUGAAUACUCAUGAUAAUCCUUCGUCAAGUUUUCUGUGACAGUUUAAAAGCCCGCUGUGGGAAUGAACCCGUGGGGGCUGUGGGCCUGUCUGAACACAUCAAGUCCCCCGCACCCCCUCUAGUAACUAGGAUGACCCGAGGAGACAUCCCUGUGCAUCUGACCAGCAGUCCUCAUGAGCACCCAGAAGAAGAGGAUACGAGGAGUGAGGAAGAUCUGGAGAUGAAGGCAGGGGGACACUCAUCCAUGAGGAGCACGAGCGAUGAACAAUGAAGAAUUUGGCUAAAGUACAUGUGAAAAGACACAAGAUUGAUCAAAUUUCAGACUGCAGCAAAGACAAACUGUUGGCUAAUGACAACAAUCAACAUACCAAGAUGGACUUCAAGUGGACCAGGAGUAUGACUGCAGGAUGCCAUGGAGAGUCGUACUCCGUGGUGACCGUGGAUGGUAUCGUUAACCCGCCGCUGGUCCCGCCAUCCCACCAGGCCUCAGGCAGCUCCAGCCCCGGCUCCGGAGGAGCACGCCAUCCCGUCAGCGCCUUGAAGAAGUGGCUCACCAGUCCGGUCCGCAAGCUAAGCUCCGAUGCCAGAGGAGGAGCGGGGCGAGUCGAUAAGCAGAUGUCCGCUUCGGACAGUAGACGGCAGCCGUCGAAUAUUUCCCACGGUGGAGCUCAGCCGAGGCCUUUGGGACCGCAUGACGGCGACUUCUCCUCUGCAGAUGCGGUAUGGAAAGAUGGCCCGUUGAGUCGCGAAGUUUCAUCUCCUCUGCCGCCUUUUCAUCAGGGUGACUUGUCGGACCUCUUGCAAGGCGGAGACGCACAGAGUCUUAGCCACAAAUCCAGUGUCAACACUCUCCAAGAUGAAGACAACAGCUACAACGUGACAGAAGAGGCUGGGAGCCAGUUGUCUGUGGUUGCUGACAGCGAGGAAGAAAGAAACAUUGCCUUUGAGAAGAGCUUGUAUGUGCUGACAGAGCUGAUAGAAACCGAAAGGUUAUAUGUGGAAGAUCUUGGAGUCAUUGUGAAGGGCUACAUGGCAACAAUGACCAGUCAGGCCGUUCCUGAAGACCUUAAAGGAAAAGAGAGGAUCGUUUUUGGAAACAUUCAUCAGAUCUACGACUGGCACAAGAGUUAUUUCCUGGGUGAGCUGGAGAAAUGCGUGGCUGAUCCGGACACCUUGGCCCAGCUCUUCAUCAAGCAUGAGCGUCGUCUUCACAUGUAUGUGGUUUACUGUCAGAACAAGCCCAAAUCCGAGCACGUUGUCUCCGAGUACAUCGAGACCUUCUUUGAGGAUCUCAGGCAGCAGUUGGGUCACAGGCUGCAGCUCAAUGACCUGUUGAUCAAACCCGUCCAACGCAUCAUGAAGUAUCAGCUCCUUCUCAAGGACUUCCUUAAGUAUUACAGCAAAGCCGGACGGGAUGUAGAGCAACUCCAGAGGGCAGUGGAGGUAACGUGCUUUGUGCCUAAACGAUGCAACGACAUGAUGAACGUGGGCAGAUUGCAAGGCUUUGAGGGGAAAAUUACAGCUCAGGGGAAGCUCCUCCAGCAGGACACCUUCUCUGUGAGCGACCAGGAAGGCUGCCUGCUCUCCAGACCUAAGGAGAGGAGGGUCUUUCUGUUUGAGCAGCUGGUCAUCUUCAGCGAGCCGAUUGAUAAGAAAAAGGGCUUUUCUUUACCUGGAUAUAUUUUUAAAAACAGCAUCAAGGUCAGUUGCCUUGGCGUGGAGCAGAAUUGGGGUGAAGGCCCAUGCUCUCUCGUCCUGACAUCUCGCGGGAUAAACGGCAGCGUGACUCGCUUCAUCAUGCAGGCAUCUUCUCCGGAAAUACAGCAAGCUUGGCUCAGCGAUGUGAUACAAAUUUUAGACACUCAAAGGAACUUCCUUAACGCCCUUCAGUCACCUAUUGAGUACCAACGAAAGGAGAGCAACUCAAACAGCCUUGGCAGGAACAUGAAGUCUCCAAGUUGCCUGCAGCCUUACCUGUCGGCAUCGAUGGACCGCCACCAGCAGCUCGGCAUGCUGACUUACAACACCUCUCUUCCGUCGCUGCAUCCUCCCCACCGUAGCCCGGCCUCAAAAGCAAUUUCUAACCCUUGCGUCAUGACACCUCAAGUGACCCACCUUCAGCUCUUGUCAGAGUCACAACUCACUUUGGGCCCAGAAGUCACAGGAAGCCACGAGACGGCCAUUUCUCUCCCACCCCGUCGUCAGCAAAGCUUGCAGGCAACCACUCUCCAUGACAGUGAAACUUGAGUGCAUGAGCCAGACAGCAGCAUCUGGAUGGAGACCAUGCUAAAUCUUUAUCAGGCAUUGUAUCUUUCGAAUGCUAUUUUGUUUUACUGUGACACCUCAAGUGUCCAUUUUUUUGGCAUAAUUAUGUGCUUACAGUUUGUUGGGCUGUUUAGGCGCAGCCAUUAUUAGCUUCUUAUCUGAACCAAACACAUUUGUGCUUGUGUCACUGAGCAGAAAGAAGAGAAAGAGAGUGCGCAUCUCAGAGUUCUAAAUGCAGUUUGUUUUUGCUUUCUGUGCUUGGCUUUGUGCUGUAAAUAAAGCAGUAAGAAACAAAUGAUCCUGCAAAGUGGAAAGCGGGUACGUACAUUUCUGUUCUGCCUGUAAUAAGUCGACGUUUAUAAUAAAAGAACACAAUGUACAUAGCAGUCGGUUGUGUUCAUGUGAA